UCCUAUUUUUGAUAUUUUUGGAUAUUUAAAAUACUUCUUUGAGUUAUUUUAACACUUAUGAUUAACAAUCUAUGUAGUUGAAGCAUUUCUAAUACUUAUAUGUAUCACAUAUUUAUUUUUGGGAUGAUUUCAACAUAUGGAUUAACAUAUAUGUUCAUGUACGCAUGUGAUGAAUGAUUCGACAAGUCUAACGCAAAGGUACAGACCUAGAAAUCAUCGUCCGAAACCUUACGGAUGAGCGGGAGUGGAAACAACAUCGAAAUUUGCCAACUUUGUCGUUUCCGUCACAACUGGACAGCCUGCGGUAAUUUGGGCAUAUCUCCAUCGUUUCUUCACGGAAUUGCAAACCGUUUGAUUCUGUGGAUUCCUAAGAUGUAAGGCUACAACUUUCGUAUAGAAAGUAUUUCGUUUUAACAUAUGUAAGAUAGCGUAAAUCGGACCUGAAGUCAAGGAAUAGUUGCUGUCCAGAAUUUCGGGUGUGUCGAUGAACAUGAUUCCGACGAUUAACUCACUAACUUCAAUAUUCUAACACCGAACCUUCUCUAUGAUACCUUCCGGAUGUUCCUAAUAAUCGUUAGAGAGUUUAUGGUAAGUGUUUGGAAUGAAACAACAUGGAUAUGGUGAGGAAACAUAGCCAACCCGAGGAGCUCGCCACCACUGGCGCAGUCCCGGUAUUUUGGCCAUAUCUUCUUCGUUACUUAACGAAAUCGCGAGCCGUUUGUUGGGCUGGAUUAGUAUCGUCCGGGGCUACAACUUUGGUUCAGAAAUUAUUUCGAGAUAAUAGAUGGAAAAUUUCAGUUUUUACCUCAAAGUGGACUGAUGUGUUUUGGUUUCAGGAUUUUGAGACUUUAUGUUUCAGAGUCUAUAUAUACCAAAUUGUGGCAAGAGCGUCUCACAUUCUCACAUUAUGGAAGGAACUUCUCGAGCUCUUUCUAAUACCAUAAGAUUCGUUGGUCUACUUGGUAGUCAUGCUCUUGGUAGUAAUCCAAGGUUCAUGGCUACAGCGGUUGAUCUCGGACGAGAAUUGGUAAGGCGAAAAAUCAGGCUUACCUACGGAGGAGGCAACGUUGGCCUUCAAGGAGCUGUAGCUUCAACAGUCUAUAAUAUUGGUGGUAGAGUCAGAGGUUUCAUACCAGGGUAUAUAGCAACACGAGGGGUCUAUGGACCAACAUAUGGUGCGGAGUACACCGUCUCCAGCAAUUACUAUAAGUAUUUCGAGAUGAAUCAUAUUGUGGAAGCCUUCAUUGUACUUCCUGGAGGGAUUGACACUAUCGAAGGUUUGUUCACCUUAAUCUCAUGGGCAUCUGAAGGGUUGCACAGCAGACCUAUUGGUCUCUUAAACAUUGACGGUUAUUUCAAUAACCUAAUCAAGUUUCUAGAUGAUGCGGUGAGGCAGAACUUCAUGGCUUUGAAUCAGAGGAAACUGUUCAUUUCUUCUUUCUUUGAGUUUGAGGGCUCUGUCGCCGGCCCCGCGCAGGAGAGCGACUCCCGCUCGCCCUCCGUCGAGGAGAUAGCCAAGGCGGUCGAGGUCCCUCUUCAGUCCGAGCCUCGUAACCAGAGGCGGACCAUUCUCGAGGACUCGGGGAUCCGAGCGCAAAGGUGCACCCUUACUCGGGAGGAGUACCGCAAGGCGAAGCGCCUAGCCUCGGCGCCGGGCGUUACCGUGUGCCGUCCCACUUCCGAACAGUCAGUCUUUGAUGCUCCUUCGGGUUGCUUCGCCAUCCACCUCAAGUCCCUUGAGUACGGGUUCCGCUUCCCCCUCCAUCAGUUAGUCAUAGAUUUUUUCCUCCAUUUUGAUUUUCUCCCUUGCCAAGUCGUGCCCAAAUCCCACCGCUAUUUGGCGGGAUUUCUCAUUCGUUGCCAAGGGACCGGGGUUCGCCCCGACCUGGCCCGUUUCUUGCUUCUCUUCCGGUUGGCGAAGUCGUCUGGCCGGGCGAACUCCGACUCGGGCUCGUAUGCCUCAAUAUUCCAAAGACAGGAGAAGCUCUUCAAGACGAGAAAGGACUCCGCCAAGAGUUGGAAGGGGAAAUUCGUCUUUGUUUCUCUUUCCUCGGGCUCCCCUUUUCGUAAAGAACCCCUCAGCUCCUUUCGCCGUCGCUCCGCGUGUGUCACCUCGGACAAGAUACUUGAGGACGUAGAGACGCUCUGCCGAGGGGGGCCCUUCGAAGUCGGUUCGAUAGUAACGAACGAUGCUUUAGCGGCACUCAGCUUCGUUUUCCUAUCCCCGGAUGAUACUCAGCGGAGCAUCGAAGAAGGCCCCUCAGGUGAAAUCAUGCUCUCCAGCGCCGAGCGACUGAACCUCAUGUUCCCGGAUGCCCCUAGCGGCAACUCCCGGGCUCCUACCGUGGCUGGUCGUCCUCUGACUCCCCCCGUGAAGCCAACCCCCGAGGCGGCCCAGAAGAAGAAGAGAAAGGAGACGGCCUCGGCCAAUGAUACUCCCCAGGGGUCCGAAUCCCCGAUGAUGAAGGAUUUCGGCCACCCGAAAUAUGUCAAGGCGGCCUUCCCUGCAGGGGUCUCCUUUCUGGACCGGGACUACGACCCGGAGACCUUUCUGCGUAGCUUGACUCCUCUCACCGAUCGCGCCAAAAUCCAGGACGUCGACCAGGAAACUCUGGCCUCGGAUAUGUUUCACGAGAUGGGCUCACAGGUCAUCCAGAAACCGAACAGCGGAAUGCUCACUGUCGGGUUGGGUGGUAUCCCCAAACGAGUUCCUCUAGUUUGGUUUGUAGAUCCCGCAAUUCGGCUAAGAAGGCACACAUUUUAUGAAGCCAACGUAUUUUAUGAAGCCAACGUAUUUUAUGAAGCCGGCUGGAUUGUCGAGCCCGACGGCAGCACAUACCGCAAGGUGAACUGUACUUGAAUGAGGGCUGGACCAUGAUUGGGUUUGGAAAUUUUUGAUUUCUGGGCUGCCAUCUUCAAACAACAGACCCUCCUGUGGGUUUGAUGUUUGCUCGCUGAACUCAAGUUCUUGAGGGAUGGGGAUGGCACGCAUAGGUUGCUGGCAGGCCAACCUUCUCCCUUUUGCAUUGGAUGAUCUUCUUCUGCCUUGGUUUGGUCUACCACUACCCAGGUCCCUCAUGUCUUUGUUUGGCAUUCAUACUUAGUGUUUUAGGCAGCUCUUGGGUAGCCAUACUACUUGGUGUUUGUAGGGCUAAUUCAUGGAUCUAUUGAGGACGUCUCUGGGUGGAAAAGGCCGCUGUGCUACUGGUUUGGGGCUGCCUAAAGUCACUGGAGCCUUGAACCAACCGUGCCUCUUCUUCCUCAGUUGGGAGUUGUUGAACACCUUUGGGUGGGAUUACCAGUUGUAUAUCUCGCUGCAUCCCUAACAUUUUUGUUGGGAAGCCACUGUGAGCCCGAGGCUUCAGUGUUCAACACCGUCAAGGGAAGGGUACGAUGGACCCCCCAGAGUGUGAAAGCUGAGACUUCUUGAGAACCCGUAACCCCUUUGUGUGACUAAUGAUGUCGGACUGGGUGCUUCUCUCGCGUUUUAUGACUUCAGGCCUGGUCCACUUGAGUUUGCAUGAACCAUUUUCUAUUGCUGUCUCUGUUCAGGUUCGGCUGAGUUUACUCUAGCACUUUGGUCUAUGGUGAACUCGUGGACUUGGGUCAUGACAUUUAUUUCCUGAGGGUGAACUUGAUGAUCAUACACGUGUUGAGGACUUUUCAUUGUAGUGGCAACAAUGAUGCAAAUGACAAGAUUGAAGAAAAAUAAUACAGAGUAUUAUACUUGAUUUAUUGAAGAGUUUUGUUUUACAGUUUGACUUACACCAUGUAAGAGUGGAUAGUAGUAGAUGAUUAGACUACACCAUGUAAGAGUGGAUAGUAAUAGAUGAUUUUAUAGGUU